UAGUGGGCGGGGCUCGGGGGACGCACGCUCACGUGAUCUGCCGGGCGCAGCUGUGGGCACCAGUCCGGGUGCCCGCCUUCCUUCCCUGCGGUCCGACCCGAGCUGCUUGCGAACUGCUAAUUGUUGCUCCAGGUUCUUUCAGGUCUGCGUGUCUGUUGUUCUCAGCACUUGGCUAGGCUAGAAAAGGAAGGAACCUAUCCAGAAUUCCCGCAGGACAGGAAAAGGAGGGGACAUCUCAACAUGGAAAAACUCUGCAGUGUAAAUGAAGGAAUGCCUGAGAAUCAAGGAAAGAUGGAAAAUGAACAGCCUCAGAAUGCUGCAACGCCAGAAGUAGCUCAUACUCUGGAAGACAAGGAAAAGUCAGAAAAUGAAGGAAAGAUAGAAAACAGGGGAGAGACAGAAAAUGAGGAAAUACUAGAGGAUAAAGAGAAGCCAGAGAAGGAGGGAAAGCCAGUGAUAGAGGGAAAGUCAGAGAGCCAGGGAAAAUCAAAAGAAGAAGGAAAACCAGAGAGUGAGGGAAAGCCAAAUGAAGAAGGAAAACCAGCCAUGGAACCAAGGGCUGCAGGAAAGCGCCCAGCUGGGGAUGAUGUACCUAGAAAAGCCAAAAGAAAAACCAACAAGGGGCUGGCUCAGUGCCUCAAGGAAUACAAAGAGGCCAUACACGAUAUGCAUUUGAGCAAUGAGGAGAUGAUAAGAGAAUUUGAUGAGAUGGCUAGGGUAGAGGAUGAGGUGAAGAAAACCAGACAGAAAUUGGGGGGGUUUAUGUGGAUGCAAAAAAGUUUACAGGACCCCUUCCACCCCAGAGGCCCUAGGGAACUCAGGGGUGGCUGUAGGGCCCCACAAAGGGGCUUUGAAGACAUUCCUUUUGUGUAGUGCCCAUGGCAGGCAUUUGCCAGGCCCAGGGCUUUAAGCUUAUGCUAAUGUUUUGCUUUAGUUGUCACUCUGUUAUCCAGCUGCAGCCCUCUAUGUUUCAGUAGCAGAUUUUUGUCCAUUGCAUGGAAUAAUGUUUAUGAUGCAUUGUAAAAUUAAAAAGAAAAGUUUGCAGAACCAUA